GGGGAAGAGAGAGAGAGAGAGAGAGAGAGGAAAAGCAGUGUAGGGGAACUCUUGUUAACAUGACAAGCAGAAGCCUACAUUGCCACACUCCUUAAACGCUCGCCUCCAGGCUCCAGCUCCAUCCUCAGCCUUCAUCUUCUCCUUCAAAUCUCUUCUCUGCCUUCCAAAUUCCCUUUCCCAGAUGGAGGACGACGACGAGUUUGGGAUAGUGACAGUGAGGAUGAUUUGCAAAUUGUCUUAAACGACAGUGAUCGAGGGCCCAUGGCAAUGGAGAGAAGUGGAUUGGUUGGUGAUGAUGAGGACGAUGAAGACGAUCGCCCGCUGGUUAUCUUGGGGGAUAAUGAUCAGAAUCAAGCUAUGGAAGAGCAAGAGUGGGGUGACGAUGCAGCGCCCGCAGCGGAUGGUGAGCGAAAGGAAUUGGGCGAGGCUGCAAAAUCUAGUGGUGGGAUGGUUGUGGCACCAAAAAUCGGAUAUAGCAAUUAUGGUUAUCGUCCUUUUCAUUCUCAAUAUAAGUAUGUGAGACCUGGUGCAGCACCCUUUCCUGGUACUUCUGCUUCUGGCCCUGGAGGAACUCCGAGUCAAGUUCGUCCACUUGUCAAUAUGGGCCCUGUUGGUGGUCGUGGCAGAGGUGAUUGGCGACCAGCAGGAGCAAAAGACUCAACUUCAGUGCAGAAAGGUUUUCAUUCAGGUUUCGGAAUGCCUGGAUGGGGCAAUAAUAUGGGAGGGCGUGGUUUUGGUGGCCUGGAGUUCACUCUGCCCUCACACAAGACCAUUUUUGAAGUUGACAUUGAUAGUUUUGAGGAGAAACCAUGGAAAGCUUCUGGAGUGGACAUGUCUGACUUUUUCAACUUUGGUCUCAAUGAGGAUAGCUGGAAAGAAUACUGCAAACAGCUGGAACAACUCCGCCUGGAGGCUACUAUGCAAAGCAAGAUUCGUGUAUAUGAGAGUGGACGGACAGAACAGGGCUAUGAUCCUGAUUUGCCUCCAGAGCUAGCAGCUGCUGCAGGUAUCCAUGAUAUUCCUGGUGAACAUACUCAUGGGAAGUCCGAUGCUUUACAAAAUGAUGUAGGAAAAGGAACAGCUCGUGUGCGGCCACCUCUGCCUACUGGCAGAGCAAUACAGGUGGAAGGUGGUUAUGGUGAGCGUCUUCCCUCAAUUGAUAUUAGACCUCCCAGAAUUCGUGAUUCAGAUGCUAUAAUUGAGAUUGUCUUGCAGGAUUCUUUGGAUGACAAUUCCUCCACAGGAAAUUGCACCCCGAACCAACAGAAUGAUGAUCUUUCUAGAAAGGAUUUCAAAGCAGUCCAUGAGACCGAAGAGGACAAUGCACAAAUUGAUAGUGAUACUGAAUAUCCUGACAAUUUUUCAGAAAUUCAUGAUAAUGAACUGCGAGAGAAGGCUGGAAGAAGAAAGGCAUCAACGAAUUCUGCUUGUGAUAACAUACGCGAAGAUGUGAAUUUGCCUUCCCCUCCAGAUGGACCAGUACACUAUCCUGCGUCCAGAGGCCAUACCCCUGCUUACCCUGCUCAAAAUUUGGGUGUUGUUGAAGAAAGGCGGCCACAGAGUAGAACACAUAACAAGUCCCCUCAUUCUCCUAGACAAAACUUGCAGGAUAGGAGAUCUUCCGACAGUCAGGAGGAAGGCUCUGUUGGAAGUAUAAAUGGUAAACGUAGUCCACAAGUGUCAUCUCCUGUAAUGGUUGAGGCUGCGCGGGAGUCUAGUGCCGAGGACAAGGAUGCUGAACACGAUGAGCUCAUUGAGGCUGACAGAAAUACUGAAUUAGAUCGGGAUAAUGAGAAUUUCAUUUCAACCAGCAACGCUAAUAAAAGUGAUAGAGAUAAUGAAGUAAUGGGGAAUAAUGAGAAAUUGAGUCCUAUAGUUGAACCACUUCUGCCCAAAGAAGACGACGAUGAAGACUCAAAAGCUGCAAGUAGUGAAAAUAGAAAAACGCGCUCAGGGAGCAGCAGGGAUUAUCAGAAAUGGCAGGAUGGGGUCGAGGAGGAAGUAUUUCAAAACAGACGUUCAUCAAGCAUGGGGAGCAUCAAGAAGUACAUCGAUGAAAAUGAACAGAAUUUUCGAAAAAAAGAUCACGAUGACAAACCAGAUGAGAGGAACCGUGUGGAAGUUAAGGGGAGGAAGGAAUCUUAUGCUUAUAGAGACUGGGACCCUAGCUUAGCUCAUCAGCAUCAUUUGAAAACUGAUGGCUUUGAUAGGCGAAAGGAGAGGAGUAAUGCUGAAGCUACUUGGCAAAGAAGAGAUGAUGAUCCUUAUUACAGAAAAGCAAGAGCUGAAGAAACAAGAAAGAGGGAGCAUGAUGAUGAAACCGGAUCUAGGCAUAGGGGCAAAAUUCGUGAAAUUGAGAGAAGUGAUAAAGAUGACCGCCAUCUAACGAAAAAGUUAGAUAAUGGAAGCUAUAGGGUUCAUUAUGAUAAAGGUGCUAGCUCAAGACAUAGGGAAAGAGAUGACAGUUUGAAGAGUAGAUAUGAAAAUGUGGAUAGCUAUUAUAACAAGAAAAGGAAAGAUGAAGAACAUCUGAGGCGAGAUCAUGUAGACAAGGAGGAAAUCUUGCAUGGUAAGAGAGAGAGUAAAAGCCACCGAAAACGGGAAAGAGAUGAAGUCUUUGAACCGCAAAAGAGAGAUGAGCUACUGAGGGUUAGAGAUAACAUUGGAGAUCACCAUUCUGUAGGGCACAAAGAGGAGUGGUUACAAAGAGAAAGGGGUGAUCGGCAGAGAGAUAAGGAGGAUUGGCAUAGGCUGAAACAAUCCCGUGAGGAAAAUCUAUCAAAGCGGGAUAGAGAUGAAGGAAGGAGCUCUGUCAGGGGUGGGCAUGGAGCAGAAGAGAAAGCAUGGGUGGGUCAUGUGAGGGUGAAGGAUGAUAAUAGAGUUUCUGAAAAGGAGUACCAAGUAAAAGAUGUGGUGCGUCACAGUGAACAAACUAAGAGGAGGGAUAGAAUAGAGGAGGAAAGUUCACGUCGAGGACGUGAGGAUGCUUAUUCACGGCGGAAUCCACCUAGUACUGAGGACAGAAGAUCUAGGCUGGAAAAGUCAACUGGUGAAAGACAUGCUGUUAAUGCUUUUGAUAGCCAGAGAAUUCAUGAUAAGAGGCACAAAGAAAGCAAGAUGAAGAACAGAGAAGUAGAUGGCAGCGACCACAAUGCUUUAGGUCCUUCCAAGAAAAGCCAAGAGAACCAAAACAAUUAUAGGAGUCAGAUGGUCCUGAAAGGUUCCGAUGAUCAUGGCGAGCCGGAGCACCAUCAUGGAUCCAGGAAACAUGCUGAUGAUGCUUCCUCAGACGAGGAGCAGCAAGAUUCUAGGAGAGGGCGCUCUAAGUUAGAACGUUGGACAAGUCACAAAGAGAGAGAUUUCAACGUCAACAGCAAGUCAUCAUCCUCAUUAAUAUCUAAAGAAACUGAGAACAACGGCGGAUCUUCAGAAGCCAGCAAACAUCCAGACGACUCCAUGAAAGCAGCUGAGGCCGUCGAUAAUCAUCAUGUGGCUGAAAAGAAAGAUAGUGGUGAUCUGGAGUCAAAGGGCAGCGUUUCCGAUACAAAAGUAUUGGAGGAUAGACAUAUGGACACGGUCGAAAAGUUGAAGAAGAGAAGCGAGCGCUUCAAGCUCCCAAUGCCAAGUGAGAAAGAGGCUUUAGUGAUAAAAAAGAUGGAGAGUGAAGCACUGCCUUCUUCCAAAAGCGAAGCUCCUGCAGAUUCAGAGAUUAAACCCGAACGACCCGCUCGAAAACGAAGGGAAGAUCCAUGAAAGAGGCCCUGUUCAUUUCCACUCAGCGCCCUGCUCAAAUCCAUUGACAAUGCAACGCCUUCUAAUUGGGAGUGGCUUCUGUAGGAGGGUGGUACCAAAUUAAUGCAUCAUCUCUCUCUUUCUCCAUCUCUUUUAGUCAAUAUAUUAUUUUGUAACCAUAUAAUCAUCUGCAGUAGCAACUUUUCUUUUACAGUAUUUGUAUAUACUACUAGCAAGAGAUGUAACAUUGAAUUGAUUACUGAAAGCGGCUUAGAAUGCAUUUAGAUACACUGUAUGAUUGUUGCCUUCUAAUUCGUCGGGAAGCAUUCGCGGAAGAACAUCUACAUGUUUGUUUGUUUUUAGGACAUCUUAGUCUCAGCAAUGUGCUAUACCAAGUUUUUGCUACUAACAUUACAAUGAAGGUGAGGAAAAAAAGUUCCUUCAUAUUUGACA